CAUAUGCUUGUUGAUUCAUCUCUACAUGUAUUUGUAACGAUGUAUAGGAACACCAGUAUAGAAACAUUGUAUUUGUGUUUAAUUGUUAAGGAUUUACAAUAGUUGAAGUUUGUUAUUUAAGUUGGAGGUAAUUAAUUUAACACAAAAUUUAAAUAUUACACAAACUGAUUCACCAUGUAUCUGGACUCAGAGUUUAGCGUUUCUCUCACGUCAGGCUUUCCAUAUGAAUCAACAACCAAUUCUCCAAUCACUUCGACCGGAAGGUCCGACGACGACGCGGCGGUAAGCCUCACCUGGCUGAUAUCCAUCGUCAUCGGCGUCGUCGUCGUCAUGUUGUUUCUAGCCCUUGGACUAUUUUACUGUAUACGGAAUUUGGAGUUAUGUUUCCUGACGCGAUGCCCGGAGUGUUGCCCGUGCUGUGUGCCCGAGGACGAAAGAGACGAGUACAUCCAUUUAAAUAACGCGUUUGAUCAUUACCGAGAUCAUUACCGAGACGAUUCGUACACCAUCAACAGCAAAUCCUGAGAGUGUGAAGAUCUUUGAGCUUCUUGAAACUUGAAAGUGCCAGAACCAUACAUGUCGCGUUUUGAACGGUUAUACACAAACAUGAGUUUUUUCUUAUCUGAUUUGAGCUACUCGCUGAUCCUAGAAUUGAUCUCCUCGUUCAAUGGUGGUACAGUGUUUAACAUUCAUCCUCUAUUGUUGUCAAAUGAUGGUGACCAUAUAACUUGAACAUAAAAUGUGGUUUUCGUAAGAGCAACAUAAUGUCAUCAGAAGAAAGCUUAGGUUUUUAAAUGCAGUUUAAAUUAGAUAAAAGAAUUAUGCUUCCGUGAUAAGAGUUGUUUUUCAUUUAUUAUUUUGCAGUUAUAAAAGCGUUUAUUUUGUUCAAAUUGUUACAAUUAACAUGAUAUUCUUUCUGCCUUUUUAUUUAUUUGUGCAUGUACAUUUCUUGUUAAUAAAUAAAUAUUUUUCAUUUUCUACAGUUUUGCAUUAACUUACCGGACGAAGUAAAUAUGUAUUUAAUGCACAAAAUAUUAAAUGUAAAUUUUUAAAUCGCGUCUGAAAACUUGUUUGAGUUAUACAAUUUCAUGUUAAUUGAAUCCUAACAGUGUUAAUUUUUCUUAUUAGUGCACCGUUCUUAUGUGUAUUAUGUUUAUCUCUUAACUACUACCAAACGCCCUUAGCGAACUUUUGCUAUGCGUGCAAUUAUUAUAUUAACGAUACAACGACUUGAAUGUUAGUCUUUCUACUGUCUCACAUUUACAUUUAUAUAUGUCUGUAUUAUGCUGGAUUGUUUGCAUGUGAACUCAUAUAUGUUUAAGUCUCGUUCAUCGAUUCAAUACUUUGUUAUGAACGAGCAAGGCACAUACUUUGUGUCGUAAUCUGCCGACAUUGUCUCUGGAUUUAUUGCAUAUUAUUUUUUGCAUAUUGAAAUCCUUCCCCUUUGUUACUGAGAUUCACCUUUGACGAUUAGAUCUUCUGCAAUGAGCUUUGUAAAAGUAAAAAUAAAUUUGCACGAACGCAAAUUUGUCAA